UCUGUGCUUCCAGUUUGCUCUUUCCUGCCCUCCCUGGUGGUCUCUCUCUCUCUCUCUUGCUCUCUACAUUUCUCUCCUCUGGUUCUACCUCUCAUUUCCUGCCCUCAACCAUGCCUCCGACCCUGGCCUCAGCGUUUGCCAGGCGCUGGUGGAUGGCAGUGACCGCUAUCAUUGAGAAUCUGCUGUUCUCCGCCGUGCUGCUGGGAUGGGGCUCGCUCCUCAUCAUGCUCAAGUCGGAGGGGUUCUACUCUUACCUUUGCAACGAGGACGGUAACAGCUCCAGCUACAAUCUGUCCCUGCCCCAGGCAAUGCCAACGCCUAAUGAGUAUGCUGAGUACUAUGAAAGCGAGGGCGUCGUGGACGGUCUGGGAGACGGGGUGGAGAUUAAGCCCCUGGUCCCGAUGGAUGGGCCCCUGAGGAUGAACGGCUGGCUGAUUUGCAAAGAACAGGAUGAGAUGCUGAACCUGGCGUUCACAGUGGGCUCCUUCCUGCUCUCGGCCAUCACGCUGCCACUGGGGAUCGUCAUGGAUAAAUAUGGGCCUCGCAAGCUACGACUGCUGGGCAGCACGUGUUUCGGACUGUCCUGUCUUCUCAUUGCUUAUGGAGCCCACCAACCAAAUGAACUCUCUGUCCUUAUCUUCAUUGCCCUGACCUUCAAUGGCUUUGGAGGCAUGUGCAUGACCUUCACCUCUCUCACACUCCCUAACAUGUUUGGGGACCUCCGUUCCACCUUCAUCGCUCUGAUGAUUGGCUCCUAUGCCUCCUCCGCUGUCACAUUCCCUGGUGUCAAGGUGAUCUAUGACUUUGGCAUAUCUUUCAUCACUAUUCUGGUGGUGUGGGCCGCCUGUGCUGGACUGGUCUUCUUGAACUGCUUCUUCAACUGGCCAUUGGAACCGUUCCCAGGCCCAGAGGACAUGGAUUACACUGUGAAGAUCAAAUUCAGCUGGCUGGGCUUUGACCAUAAAAUCACAGGGAAGCAGUUCUAUCACCAAGUGACCACGGUGGGCCGCCGCCUCAGUGUGGGCAACAGCCUGAAGCAGAAGGAGCUGGCCACUAAGGAUGGGCACAAGCUCUGCCUCUCCACCAUGGACCUGGAAAUGGACUGCAAGCCACAAAAUGAGUCCCAGUCGUUCUUCAAAACUAUCAGCACCCCGAUCUUCAUGCUCAGCCUGGUGACCAUGUGCAUCACUCAGCUUCGUCUCUUGUUCUACAUGGGGGCCAUGAACAGCGUCUUGGAGUCACUCAGUGACGGCGACCUCAAAACAGUGAGUCUGUACUCCUCCAUCUUCGGCAUGCUGCAGCUGCUUUGCCUGAUGACCACUCCUGUGAUUGGUCAGAUCAUGGACUGGAAGCUGAAGGACUGUGAUGACGGAGGGGAUGAAAAGGAACCCUGCAGCAAGGGGGAGAUAAAGAAAAAGUGCAGAGACAAAAAGACCCAGAAGGUGACCAACGCCUUGCGAGCUUUCAUCCUCACAAACAUCCUUUUAGUGGGAUUCGGGAUCACCUGCCUAGUGCCCAACCUCCCUGUGCAGAUUGUGUCAUUUGUCUUACACACUAUAGUGAGAGGAUUCAUUCACUCUGCUGUUGGUGGCCUCUAUGCUGCUGUGUAUCCCUCCUCCCAGUUCGGCAGUCUGACAGGCAUGCAGUCUCUGGUCAGCGCUGUGUUUGCUCUGCUGCAGCAACCCCUGUUUCUGGCUAUGAUGGGACCCCUGAAUGGUGAUCCAUUCUGGGUCAAUAUUGGACUCCUUGCUCUCAGCAUGCUGGGCUUCUUGCUGCCUCUCUACCUGAUCUGCUACAGACGGACGCUCUACAAAGAGCAACAAGAGAAAGAGGAAAACGCUAAGAUCUACAUCAAAAUCAACGGCACUGACAUCCCUGAGGCCUACGUCUAGAGAAAAGUACAUGAGCAUAGGCUAAAGAAAGAUUUUUUUUACCCAGAAACAUUGUCAAUCCAGUCAUACCUGCAUACUUAUAAAAGGACAACAUACUGUGUAAUUGUUAUAGGUUUCCAUUGAGUACACACACACACACACAGACUGCCACAUCAAUUUUCCAAAAUCCCACCAAGAUAAACUGACGCUGCAGUUGUCACGGAAAUGAGUCAAUUGGACAUUCUCUGAGGAGGAAAGUGAAACAAGGAGGGGAAAAGAAGAACAAGAGAGAGGAAAGACUGUGAAAGGAAAAGAGGCAUCAGCCCUCUGCAAUUCCCCCCAAAUCCUCUGACUUCCUCUUUUUAUUCCCUCCUCUCUGAGCGGCACAGUGGUGCAGCUGCAGCCCACAUAAGACUGCUUUAAUAUUUCCCAAUUGAGCAGAAAAAGGAACAGGAGAGCUUGUUUAGCGCCAUGAAUUUCCACCUGUGAAAGCAGCAAAGACUGCCGAACGUCACCCUCAUGACCAGCCUCGCCAUCAUGAGUGAGCGAUUCCAUUAUUAUGAGCGUUGUUUUCUUUUUUGUUAAAUAUGUUGAUUUUGAACCACCCAGAUUGUAAAUCCCAGGAUGUGGUGCUGCGUAUCUGUUCAUCAGCUGGAUGUUUUGAUAGAUGGUGAAAGGUAAGUGUGGACUAAAUGGGAUUAAUGAGUGACGGGGAGGAGAGAAGAGCCUUAUUGCUGAUGUUUCUCGGCUGAGUGGAAGAGACAGUCAUUGUGAUUAACAGUCGUCGCAGAAUAAAACUAUUUUAACUUAGAAUAUGCUGCAGCAUUUAAUGAAUAUUUGCGUUUUUGGAAGGGAGACAUCAAACAAACUGGCAUGUUUUGCUAAAAGCAAAAUGUUCAUGUAUCUUUAGAGUAUUUAUUUUUUUUCCUGCCUUCUUUAGUUUUCUUUUUAUACUUUAGGCUUACCAGGAGUGCCUUUUGUGUGUAUCUCCCAAGUAAAAGAGUUCACUGGGCAGCAUAUUGAACUUUUUACACGGUCUCCUCUUUGCAUUGCAUGGCAACACCGUUUAUACAUCAGUUUCUUUUAAACGUUUGGAUAUACUUAAUAAUCUCCAUGAAGUAUAUCCAUAAAAAUCAUCAUCAUUCACAUGACUGAGCUUCAAGUCCAUUCGGUCUACGUGCCUACUGUCAAGAUAAAACUCAGCACUUUAUACUGUUAAACCCUUUAAAUUUCACACACAUCAGCUCCUUUCAGCACUUCUCUCCCGACGCCUCUCUAGAGAAACAGUCCCACUUUCAUGCUGAGCUCCUCCUACCUUCAUGCGCGUAUUUAUUUUAUUUUUCACUCAUUUCUGUAAUAAAUCUCAUGAUGUGUUUAAAGUGUGCCAUGCCGGGAACUGCUCCUGAGUCUGUUGUUAGCACGGAGCCCUUUCUCCUAUAAUUGAUGCUAAUGAAGAGAUUUAUUGUGCAGGCAUGUGGAGGAAUUCGCGAGGGUUAAUAAAGAUGAGUUGAUCUCUUUAAAUGUUUGUUUUUGUUGUUUUCUCGCUGCUCGCCAGGCCACAUUUUACGUCUGAGUGACUGUUUCUGUGUAAUUCUAUGGCCAUAGAAACUGUGCCUAUUUAUCUCUCACCUCCGAGUGUGGCGACAUUAGAAGAGAUCUAAACCCGGUUCUCAUGCACAAGGGUUUCUACCUUUUUCAUAUGCAUGAAGGAUUUACUGUCAGUGUGACAGCUAUUGAAGCUUUCAGAUUUUUUUGUCUUUUCAGAAUUAAGGUGCAAGCCCACUGAUAAGGUGUCUUUCAUCAGGGUCCAACUGGCUCCUAUGACAGCCUAUUGUUAGAUCUGUGAUUUGAUUCAAGAUUCAAGAUUCAAGAUCACUUUUGAGAUUACAACAGCGUCCCUUUGAAAUUUGUUAAAUUUUAAUCAUUUGUGUCUGUAUUUGAAGUUUGUGUUUAACCACAUACAUUAUACAUUAAUUAAUUAUUAAUACAUUAAUCACAUUUGCAGCUGAUGGAGUUUUAGGUUGUUGUGCCACCAACCAGCAGAGGUCAGUGUUAUUAUUACAGAGCGUUUUCACGGCCAUCAUG